CGUCGGAUGUUGACAACGAGAGAGCUGUGCAGCAGCUUGAUCCAAUUAAUUUAUAAGUUGUAUACUACAUAUUUUGUAUCAUCUAUUAGGAAUGUCCUUCUCUAAAGCUCCACUAAGGAGAUUCAACGACCAUGUGGGUUGCGCCCCUCCACCCGGCGCAUACGACGUUAAACAUGAAGAGCUCAGAGGAGCCGCGUCUUUCGAUAAAUCCGAGCGCUUCAGACCCCCUAAACAUGCAGCCAACAACCUUCUGCCGCCUCCGUCUCCAUCCAGGACAGGCUUAGUGUCCCCUGUUCGAAGGACCAUGUCUGUGGAUGGGCUGGCUGAUGGUGCAAGUGCAAAGAAGGAAAAGACCAUGAGCAUUGAUCUGAAACAACAAAAACUCUUGGAAAAAGAGGUCAGAGCAUUGGUACAGCAGCGGGGUGAGCAGGACCGGCGCUUACUGGCUCUGGAGGAGGACUUGAAGAAAGCAGAGGCUAAACUAUUGGCUGCUGUCAGGGAGAAGACUGCACUCACUGCUAAUGUUACCACCCUUGAGAGGCAGCGGGCUGAACUCAAGAAAAUCAAUGAGUUUUUAAAGAACAAGGUUUCUGCUGAUGCGUCAAAAAAGAGAAUAAAUUCUCUUACAAUGGACUUGAUGGAGGCCAGAAACAAUUUGGAUGCAAAAAAUAAGGAGCUAAAUGUCCUGCGUGUCAACACUGAAGGCCAAGUGAAAGCAUUAGAAACAGACCUGAAAGCGGCAAAGGACUCUGUAAAGUCCCUAAAGGAGAGGAAUGCAGAUUUGGAAGACCUCCACCAGGUUACAAAAAGUCAAAUUGAAGAUGCUGAGAAUGAGAAUGCAAAGUUGGAGGCUGUCAUCAGAGAAUUGCGGGAGGAGAUUCAGGUGCUAGAGGGAUAUCUCGAUACAGCAAAUGAGCAGAUUCUGGAUCUUCGCUUGAAACUGGAGGAGACCGAAAAAGCUACUGCAGAUUGUCAGACGGAGACAGUAAAACAGCUCCAGUCAGAAAUGGGGCGGCAGAUUGCACAGCUCGCAGCCGCCAAAGAGGAGCUUAGACAAAAGGAGGAGGAGGCGCUGCAUUACCGGCAGGAUUUGGAUUUGUCAAAGGAUGUGUUACGGGAAAUGGAAAUGAGACUGGAAAGCCAAGAGCUUGAGUUGAAGUCCUCUCAGAAGUCAGUGGAAGACUUGGAAGACCAAAUGAUGACUGUGAAUAAAGAGCUCCAGGCGUCACAUGCCACGGUUCGCCAGCAGGAGGCAGAACUCUCACGUCUGAGAGAGGUGUUGAGGCGGACAGAGAAUGAGCUGGAUGAGAGAGUGGCUCAUCUGGAACAAAGGUGUCUCUUCGCUGAAGAGGACAGAAGUAAGACUCAGAAAGAAGGCCUGAGGCGAGUGGAGGAACUAAAGGCUGAGCUUAACUCACUGAAAGAGGCUAAAAAAGAGGAGGAAAAGAAACAAAUUCAACUCCAAGAAGAACAUACAGCCAUCUCAGAGGAACUGGCCAAAGAAAAGGCUCUUGUGGACUCCCUAACCGUGUUGCUGAUGCAAGAGAGGGAGGAGUCAGAGCAGAAGAUGGGGCAGUUGAAGGAGGAGCUUGAGGAAGUCCUGGGGGAGCUCUCUGUCAUGGAGGAAGAGGACCUGAGGAGGAGGGAUGUCAUCUCCCAAAACCAGGAGAAAAUGGAGAAGCUUCAGACUGAGAACGUGGAGUUGGAAAAAGAGCUGAAUGACACAAGGGAGCAACUGCUGGGAAACACCAUUGACGUAGAUGCUUUGAAAGAGGAACACUUGGCAGCCAUGACAGAGCUGAAGGAGGAACACACGCAUUCAUUGAACAAGAUGGAGGCAGCUGUGUCGGAGCUCCAGAGGACCAAAGAGACGCUGAUUAAAAGACAAGAGGAGCUAGAAGGCAAGGUGCAGGCAGUGACCCGUAAGCUACAGGAGAUGGACAAGGUGAUACAAGAGAAGGAAGAUGAGAUCAAGAGAGCAAGAGAUAGUUUAAAGGAACACCUGGAGAGACUAGCGAGUGAGAAGCAAGCCAAGGAUGAAAAUGCAAGGGAGUUGCUGGAGGUGCGGACCUGUCUUGUUCAAAAAGAAGACGAGAUGAAGGCGAUGGAGGAGAGUAACGCGGCUCUGAUCAGCCAGUUACAGCACGAGAUUGAGCAGCUGAAAAGAAAAGGGGACGUAUUGGGGCAACUUGAGGCACAGACGGGCCAGACUAUUACUCAGCUCCAAGAUGAAAAAGAAUCGGCGUAUAAACUGCUAGAGGACGUCACCAGGGAAAAAGAGGACCUCCUAAAACUGGUUGAACGAGAAAAGGAGCAGAGAAUAGAAAUAGAAAUGACACUAAAAACUGAAAGGAGCGUUCUGGAGAAUUUGAGUAAAGAUUUGGAGGUGGUCAAGAUGGAGGUGGUUCAACUACAGACUGAAAUCCAACAGGUCAAUGAGGAGAAAGCUAGUAUUAUAUCUCAAUUAGAGCAGUCGAAGGAAAUCCAGGUCACGCUCCAGGAUAGGCUAAAAGUAACAGAGCAGGAUAAAAAUGAGGCCCGGUUAAAGGAAGCAGAGAGAUGGGGAGAGGAGAUGCAAAAGUUUAAGAUGGAGUUGGAGGAGCAGAGGCAGGAGAGACGGGCCCUGAAGGAGCAGGUGGAGGUUCUGACACAGGAAAAGGUGACGCUGCAGUGGGAGAUGGAGGAGCAAAGACAAGAGUUCACCAGACAGAUCACAGAAGCACAAGAGCAAAGUGCCUCAAAUGCGGAAGUAGAACACUGGAAGACUCUAUAUGAGGAGCUGCUUUCAAAAGUGGGGCCCUUCCAGGAACAGCUUAAUGCUUUUGCUGCUGAGAAGAAUGCACUACUAAAUGAGAAAGGGGCCAAUCAGGAGGAACUCAACAAACUAUCUGACGCUUAUGCUCGUCUGCUGGGUCAUCAAAACCAGAAACAGAAAAUAAAACACGUGGUGAAGCUCAAAGAUGAAAACUUGACUCUCAAACAGGAGGUGUCCAAGCUUCGCACACUGGUAUCCAAACAAAAAAGUGACAUGGAGCAGCUGAAGUUAAAGAUCCCCGGGGCUCAACGCAGGUUUGACCCGAGCAAAGCAUUUCAACAUGACAAGGAAAACUUGGAGGUCUCAAAACCACUCCGAGAAGGUAAUGGCAAAAGCAAAAGGAGCUUCUCAACUGGCAUCUAAAGCCUUAUUUUAUUGUUACUUUUGAACUCUUAAUAUGUUUUUAUUACAUAGAUUUACAAUUUUAGCAUUACAAAAAAUAACAGAUACUAGUCCUGAGUGACAGUAUAUUAAUUUUAGCUUAAUCUCUCCACAAGCUAUCCUGCUGUAACAUUUUACCUGUAAAUAAAGA